UCACGUACAUCUGCUCCGUUUGGAGCAUGUAACGCUGUACGAAGUGCGCAGGUUAGUUCAGGACCCGAACUGGUGAACAGUGAAUUUUAAAAGAUAUAUAGAAAAUAUUCGCUUAGAACGAUAACGAGUGAUAAUAAUAAUAAUAAUAAAUAUGGUAGUGGUUGAGUGAAUAAGAAAAGUGCAUGAUUGCGGAGCUUGGUGAUCUACCUGGUGAUCAUAGCUUUACCUUAUCAGCUGACGUAAUGCUCGAGGGAUACGAGCCACUGAAGAAGGGCCACAGGCGCACACAGGCACCACAGGCAGUGGCGCCCCUCGCCCCGGGGCGCAGCACCUAGCUCCUCACACCGUCGGCCACACACACAAGGCGCAGCACCGGUGGCCGACGAUGCACGAGAAAUUAGUUAUCAGUGAGGCGAGGACGGGGGCUGGGACGGCCCUGGCCAAGCUCCGACGCUGGCUACACCCCGGACGGCUGGUCCCUGCACGCUGGCGGAGGUGCCCCGCCUGCACCAACAGGAAGCACAACUGCGUCUGCUGGCGCCACAACAGAAGAGAUGGUGUCGGUGAGCGGCAGAUGGCAAGUGUGGCAGAGCCAGUCGUCGUCGUCACAGUCCCUGCAGCGAGUCCUCCGUCAGGUCACCACCGUCAGGGAGGAACACCACCUCACCAUCACACACUCUCCCCCACUCUCCCUCCCUCCUUCACUCUCUCCACCACCUACACUCUCUCCCCCGUCUACACUCUUCCCCCAGCUGCUUCCUGCCCCCCAUUCCCCACCCCCAACACACAGCCCACCCCUGCCCCCAGAAGUGUUGGAGUACCCCUGGGCGCCAGCAGGGAUCACCACCACCAGCCAGCUGAGCAUCACCAACAGCGGAGUGGUGGAGUACGACGCCCCAGUGUUGGAGGUGUGCCCGGCCGCCAGCACAGCCACCAGGGUACGCUGAACGCCAUGCCAGGUAGUGGGGUGGGCAUGGGAGGGGGCGGCGGGCCCCCACCCUCCCACCACGACUGCACCAACUUUAACACCUCCUCCACCACCUGUUCCUCCAACACCAACACCUCCUCCACCUCGGGUUCCUCUCACACGGGGGGCGGGUGCCUCCCGCUGCCUGAUCUGGUCGACUACAGUGGUGACGGGUCUGGGGAUGAUAACUACCAGACUGGGAGUGGUGAUGGGUCGGAGUGUGAGCCGUGUCAGAUCCUGCUGGAGGAACGCCUGGUGAAGACCAGUCCUAUAUGGUUCCAGCCGGACCUGCAGCGCUCAGGGGCCGUCCACCUCCUGCAGGGCAAGGAUGAAGGGAACUUCAUCGUUCGUCAGAGCAGCAAGCCGGACACGCGGGCGCUGAGCGUGAGGCUGCCGCCGGACAAGGGGCCGGAUAUCCAGCACUACCUCAUCGAGGUCCACAACGACGGCACAGCCUACUCCCUCGAAGCCUCAGACAACCGCUUCGAUAAACUACCAACUCUCAUUGCUUAUUAUUCCCAGUGCUGUGACGAGUUGCCAGUACAGUUAAAACUGCCUCGCUCCCUCCAGGACGCCAAGACCCGGCAGGAGCUCACAUCUCUGGCCUUACUGGGACAAGAAUUCUGGGGUACAGCAAUGGCAAGUCCAACGGCUAGUACACCUACAGCUGACUGUCCUCGUAGUGCUGCCCCAACGCCAUCUCCACGUCCUCACGACCUCUCUUUCAGUAGUUUUGGCAAAGGUGGUGUCACUAGAGGGAUUUCCUCCACCAGUUUGUUGUCUCCACAGACACUAGGAGGCCUAUGUGCUUCAGGAGCAUCACUUGGCAGCUCAGUGGGAGGAUCCAUAGGAGGGUCAACUUCUUCUUUAGCACCAGUGCGACCAGCUCCUCCUGCACCACCCUGUGGUGAUCGAUCAUCGCUCAAUUUAAAUUUAGCCCCUCUUGAAGAAUUUUUGAAGGAACAGCCAACAUUUUCCUCAUUUCGCUCUCAACCAGCUACUCCAGUUACUCAACUCAAGCCCAGUACACCCGGUACAAAGCCUACACCACCACCUCGCUCUAGUCCCCCUGGCACCCAUUGGUCCACUCAGAUCAGCCCUUCAGGAUCACACAGGCCUUUAAAUAAGCCAACUCCACCUGCUAGAUUUAGCCCACCAAUAAUGUGUGAGGUAGGGACUCCCACCCAUGAAAAUGGAGAAAUAAUUCCUCGCCUCGCCCAAGCCCCACCACCGCCAAGACGUUGGGCACGAUCCUGCAUAACCACAUCACCAUCAAAUAUUACUGUCAAAACUACAUUAACUCUGAAUGUUAACCAAGUGAAAGCUUUACCUGUCCAUCUAGAUGAUUUUCAUAUACAUGUAGCAAAUUUAGAAAUCUCCCCAACAGGCAGUAACUGUUCUCAGUCAAAUAUCACAACUACUACUCCUAAUGGGAAUCAGAAUGGCACUUUAAAUGGUUACAGAGAUGGUCUUCAUUUACAAAUUCAACAGCAAAUAACCUCUCCUCAGAGCACACCUUGUACACCCUGUGCUCCAAGCACUCCCAUAGAAGAGGCUACUGGAAUGCCAAGGGUUCGUUUACGCAGUGGAAGAAGAGAUAGACGAAGGCUUUCCAAUCACUAUCAUGAAGCAAAUAUUGUUGACAAUAAUUCAUCUUACUGUCGAUCAUCUCUAAACGAUAAGAUUAGCGACUAUGAAGAUGUGUGGCCCAGCUCACCUCAUGAAUCACCAACUCCAUCAUCGUCAUCGCAACCCAAAAUGUCGACUUUCAAACCUCGCAACGAAAUCUCAAAAUCAAUGGGAGAUCUAAGUGAAAUAGCUAAAAAUACAAAACCAGUGCAUUUCACAUAUGAGACAGACAAUAAAAAGGAUAAUGAAAGUAUAUACAAUGAUGAAAAAAUUAAUGGUAAUAGUUCAGACUCGGUGAACUCGUAUCGUAAAAAUUCUAGCCCCUUUUACAUGGAGCCAGCAGAUGCACUAAAAGAUCAACAGCCUCAGGCAAGGAUUAAUAAGGCUUCAAACAAAUUAUCAAGAAAAACUACAAAUCGUUACUCAGAUUCUAAUAUCCAGUGGAAAACUAGAAAGAGUCAUAACUCGCUGGGCAAGAUAGACUCAAAUGAAGAUCUACCAUUAUCAUCAAGUGUUGAAAAUUUAGUGAAUGAGAAAAAUCAUGACACGCUCAAUAUGAAUUUGGAAGAUGAAAAGAACAAGAACCUUGAAAGUGAAAAAAAUAAGGUAAAUGCUGGACAUUUAGUAAAUGGGCAAUCAAGAAAUGAAGUUAGGCGCCACUCGCGAAUUGGGGGCAGAGGGAAGCCUAUAGCCCCACCUAGAGUAAAUAAUGAAGCUUUGAUUUCUAAUGGUGAACCAACUACAGAUACUGCUUGCCAUGUUGCUUCUUCGUGGGAGUAUCAGUAUGGUGCUGGGUCAGACAAUGAAGAGUCUCCAUCGGGAGAAGGUAGAUUUCCAGUGGGUGAUACUGGAGAAUCAGAUAGUGUGAUAAUUCCUGGUGAUAGAACAGUGCAAGAUUUAAUUUCAGAAAAACUCCCAGAUUUGACUUUGGAUGCUCACUCUCUCGCACCAAGUUAUGUUACACGUAUUAGUGAGUAUGAUAAUGUAGGAGGGCAUGGUAGUGUUAGAGGAGAGGAACAUAAUUCCCAACAGCAGAGACAGCACCAGCAAAAAACUCCACGCACCAUUCCUCUUGAAGAGCGCCUUCACCCACCCCUCCCUACCCAUUAUUUCCCGUCAACUGUAAGCGAUUCAGGCACAGAGUUCUCAGAACCUUGGGACUCGAGAAAAUGGGAAUCAAUAAUGCACUUCGAAGAUGAUUCAUCUGUUGAUCAGUAUCCACGUAGCUCAAUAGAAACUCCAGCUUUACGUCCUUAUGCUCUUGAAGACUCUGAUAUGGGUGGGGCAGGAGUUACAGACACAGACUCGUUUAUUCAUGUGGUUGGGGAUGUAAGUGAUAAUGAAACUGUUUCAAUCUCUGGCACUCCACCAUUGUCCCUCAUAAAUGCGCACAACCUCGACACACAACAACGGUCUAGAAUAAUGUCACCCCAGUUAUUAGCUUUACGGCAACGUCAAGAUGCUGAAAAUGGUGUCGCUAUUAAAGUCUACGCUAUGGACUUGGGAAGCGACACAUCUACAACUUUCAGCCAGGCUGUCACCAACUUUAUUACCUGCACCUUAGAAAGCCCCGAGCGGGAUCCUGCCAUUGUCACUCGCAAUGUACGUCAGUUUAUGUCUGGCAUGAAGAACUACUUGGUAACAAGUGGCGAGAAGGAAUUUGAAGCAAUAGUAAAGAGACAGCGAAGUAAUCUAAAGGCAACAGAGUUUCUUAAUCUGGAUGCCAUCUUGGAAGAUGUUCUGGUCCGGCUUGUGGUUCGCCCUCUGUGGAAUCACAUCAAUAAGCUUUUUGUAGAAGCAUACUCAGCCAGUGGCUCAAUCCAGUUAUUGGCAGCAAAAAUGAAAUACGCAAGAGCACAACCAAAGAACCGUCUUGGCAUUAGGUCCGAGUUGUCACCACCAAGUGGACAGUCUCUUGAAGCUAUCCGCAGUCUGUUAACACGUAUGCAGAAGUUGUUCGCUCCAAGAGAAAAACUAGAACUCCUAUUGGAUACCAUCUCGCACAUAUAUAGAGCUAUGUAUGAGAAUGGCGACACUUCUGGCUCUGGGGAUGCAGACGACCUUGUUCCAAUGAUUAUGUGGGUAUUGAGUCAGUCAGGCAUGGUGUCUGCAGAGGUGGAAGCAGACUACAUGUGGGGUCUGCUGCUUCCCAGUGCCUCCUCUGGUGAAGCAUCAUACUACCUUGAAGCUUUUCAUUCUGCUAUUCAUGCACUCAAGAAUCUCUCACCUUCACCAGAGUCUUCACCAGGAAAUAGUCUUGAUUCUGUUAGACAGGAUAUGUCUAUGGUAUCUGACCAGGGCAUCAUGAAGAUAGUUAUACCAGAUGAGAAGAAUGGCAGCAUAGUUACUCGUACAUUACCUAUUCGGCCUGCUACUACUACACGGGAAAUAUGCAAGAUGAUGGCACAUAAAAUGCGAGUCACAAACCCGCAAGACUAUGGACUGUAUAAACUUGUUGAUGGUCUUGGUAACGUUUUUUUUCCACCCUCCUAUCUUCUUUUGAGGUGUAGUCACCGUAUAUAA